UACAGUUUCAUAAAGACCCUGUAUCUCUGGGACCUGCAAUGACAAGUCUGAACAUUAGCCAUGCAGAGAAAACCAGUGAAAUGUCCUCAAAGCAGCCAGUGCCAAAAGUGCAGGUUCAGCGAUCCGCUUCCCGAGAAACCAUCACCAUUCAUUUCUCGGCAUUUGGGAAGGAGGAGGAGGAGGAGAAGGAAGAAGAAAAGUGUACGGAGUCUCCUUCUGAGACACUAGAUGACCAAAGCAUUGUAACUGCACUUGAAGCUAAGGAAGACCUAUGCUUUGAUCAUGGUGAGCAGAAUUCUUUUGUUCCCACUACCUCGCUUUUUGUGGCUACAUCUCCCACAGUUCUGCCAACUGUGAAACCCUUGGAGUCCCAAGGGUUUAGUGUGGUGCCAUUGGCUGCAUCUCCCUCCUCAGAAUUGGGCCAAGCCCCUAGCCCACUUGGUGUGGCAUUGCCUUCGGAACUGAGAACCAGCCUUUCAUCUUCUCCGUUGUCCUCCCCUUCCAAGUCACAUGUCUUGUCUAGCACGCCAACCACUGUUACUAGCUCAAAGCCUUUCAUGAGUUUAGUCAAAUCCCUUUCCACGGACAUUGAACCAAAAGAGCCCUCUCUAUCCACGAGACAUAGACAGUUGAUGAAAACUCUGGUGAAGUCUCUGUCCACAGACACUUCUAAGCAGGAGCCGGAAACGGUGUCGUUCAAACCACCCGACUCUAAAUUGAACUUGCACCUCUUCAAACAGUUCACCCAGCCUCAAAGCACAGGUAGCGAUUCCAAAACAGCGCCCUCGUCUCCCUUGACAUCGCCAGACACUCGCUCCUUUUUUAAAGUACCCGAAAUGGAAGCCAAAAUUGAGAACACGAAGAGGCGAUUUUCAGAGGUGAUUUAUGAGCCUUUUCAGCUCUUCAGCAAAAUAAUGAGUGAUGAGAGCAGCAGCCACCGGCCCAAAGCUUUAUCUUCAAGUGCUUCAGAACUGUCCAAUCUCUCCAGCUUGAAUGGCCAUUUGGAAAGCAAUAAUAACUAUAGUAUAAAGGAAGAAGAAUGUGAUUCGGAAGGAGACUUCUAUGGAAGUAAUUCCAGUGUAAAUAAGAGUACCAAAACCCAAGCCACUGAAGGACACGAAAAAGAAAUGGAAUCUAGAAGCUCCCUGUUCUUAAGCACAAAGGAUUCUAGUUCUAAGACUUCUCUGGUACUUGAACGCUGUUGCCUGUCCGCCCUGGCAAGUAAGGAAGAUGAAGAGUUCUGCGAGUUGUAUUCUGAGGACUUCUGUUUAAUAGAGGAUGACAGACAAGACAAACCAGUGGAAAGUUUGCAGAAGGUAGAAGAAGUACAAGAAGAAAUUUCUCCUCUAAUUAGUAGUGAAGGUGGAAUUGAACUACCCGCACCACAAGUUCGGCUUCCGAUGAAGACACUGUACUUUCUCACCAUGUUGAUCUAUACUUACCUUAUACUUCCUCUCCCUAGUUACUUCAGUGGACUUUUCUUGGGAAUUGCUAUUGGAUUUAUUAUUGCUACCUGUGUAAUUUGGCUUUUUACACCAAGUGCUACAAAUAACAGGCGAUAUUCCAGUUGGAACACCCAGCUUAAUAAUACAGAAGUUCUGGAUAUUGAGGAGCCUGAGAUAUUUAAGGGCUGGAUGAAUGAGAUCUAUAAUUAUGAUCCAGAAACCUAUCAUGCUACGUUGACUCACUCUAUUUUUGUGAGACUCGAAGGAAACAUCCUGAGACUUUCAAAACCUAACAAAAAUAUUUCCAGAAGAGCUUUUUACAAUGAAACGAAGCCAGAAGUUACCUACAUUAGCCAGAAAAUUUAUGAUCUUACUGAUAGUAAGAUUUAUUUGGUUCCCAAGAGUUUGGCUCGAAAACGAGUCUGGAAUAAAAAGUACCCAAUCUGCAUUGAGCUUGGGAGACAAGAUGAUUUCAUGGCCAAAGCCCAGGCUGACAAAGAAAGCUCAGAAGAAAAAAUCUCUAUAGAAAAGGAAAACCUAAGCAGUGAAGAAAUCUGGAAACCCGCUCAGGAUGGAGCAAAGUCUGGGACCCAGAAGAACCAAGUGCUUUAUUUAUUUGCAAGGACAGGUCGGGAGAAAGAAGAAUGGUUUAGGAGAUUCCUUGUCGCCCGCAAAUUGAAAUCUGAAGAAAAAAAGCCAAUUGUCAUUUGGGGAAACAAAUCAGGCUUCUUGCCAGGACACAGUAAGACCAAUAGCCAGUCUGGGAUUCUUACACACAGCCGUAGCAGCAGUAAAGGAAGUGUAGAAGAAAUUGUUGCUCAGCCAAAGCUGAAGGACUUGGGUUCCAACAUCAGGCAGAAAAUACUUUUAGACUAUAAUGUGUACAUGGCAAGGUGCAUUCCGCCAGAACAUCCAAGCCCUACAGUUAGUCCCAUUCAUAGUGCUGACAGCAGCCCCACAGCUGUGAAAAAGUUGCCAUACUUCAUGAAUGAAUUAACACUAACGGAAUUGGACAUGGGAAUUGCGUUGCCGAAAAUCCUUCAAGCCUAUAAGCCUACCAUUGAUUAUAAAGGACUUUGGAUUGACUUGGAAAUAUUGUACAAUGGAUCUUUUCUGAUGACCCUCGAGACAAAGAUGAAUUUGACCAAACUUGGGAAAGAACCACUGGGUGAAGCGUUAAAAUCCGGAGAAUUUGGUAAAGAAGGUUUCAGGCCAAGGGCAUAUUACCUUGCAGACAGUGAUGAAGAAUCUUCUAGUGCAGGAUCCUCAGAGGAAGAUGAUGUUCCAGAAGCAUCAGGAAGCGAAAAGAAUUUAGUGGCAGGAGCAGAAGGGCAUGCAUCAGUGCACCGGACAAGUAAAAUAAUGAGAUUUGUGGAUAAAAUUACCAAGUCAAAAUAUUUCCAGAAGGCGACUGAGACAGAAUUCAUUAAGAAAAAGAUUGAGGAAGUCUCCAAUACGCCCCUCCUGCUCACCGUUGAGGUACAAGAGUGUAAAGGGAUGUUAGCAAUUAACAUUCCUCCCCCGCCUACUGAUCGGAUAUGGUACGGUUUCCGAAGACCCCCUUACCUGGAGCUAAAAGCUCGGCCAAAACUUGGUGAAAGAGAAGUGACUUUGGUUCAUGUGACUGAGUGGAUAGAGAAGAAACUAGAACAAGAAUUCCAGAAAAUUUUUGUCAUGCCAAACAUGGACGAUGUUUAUAUUCCUCUAAUGCACUCAGCCAUGGACCCCCGCUCAUCUAUGUGCCCUUUGAAAUUUUCUGAAGAUACUGAAUUGGAACAACCAUGAAAUGUGAAGACUGAAGUUUACAGUAUUAACAGAUGUCGUUUUCUUGUUCUCUUUCAAAUGAAACAGUCUAGCUGAUUUUGUCCUUGUGCCAUGUUUUAUUUUUUUAAAGAUAAAAUUGCUUCUGCCAAUAAUUGCUCCAGUUAUGGCUCUCUAUUGACUUUAGAGCAUUAGUUCCAUUUCUGCUAGGCUUUAAACCUAGUAGUUAAUGUGCAUUCUUCUGCAGUAAACUAGAAAGAAAUCCAACUAGCAGCCAUUGAUCCAACAGCUUUGAUCCACAUGGAGUUCUUUAUGGAUGUGCAGUAAUUCAGGAUACACCCUGAACACUGGCAGUUUGUCUCAUCCAGCCAUAUGGAACUUGUUUUCAAUAAGACAUGAACAUGUCUAACUGGAAGACUUUCUGCUCUGAAGCAGCUGGAGAUAUAAAAUGGAAGUGACAUGUUCUUCACUCCUGCAAUCCCAAUAGCUUGUGUCAAGCAAUUUUGAAAUGGUUUCUGGAGCUAAGAAUGUACAUUGGAUGUAUAGGUGAUAUUGUCAAUCCAUGUAGAUUAUACAUAGUAACUUAUUUUUUUCAUAUGAAAUUUGAGUUUCUUGGAAAUGAGUAGCCAUAUAAAACAUGCAAACAUACAGAAUUGGUUAAGGGAUUUUGUGAUUCUUUAGAAAAACAAACAAAUUUAAGAUAAAGCCAUGAGACCAAACUACUACAGUAAGCCUUCUAGCUAGUGCAUUACAAUUGCAGUUGUGAUUAAUGAUGGCUCUGGGAGUUGACUACACAUGGAAAUGCCUAGACCACGCAUGUACUCAUUAGAAAUGAUUGCAUGGAAGGAGCCAUUCACUUUCACCAACCAGCUGUUUUUCUUCCUAACUAUGUAGUGGAUCCUCAUUUAAUCAUUUAAGGAGGUGUAAAUCUUGAUUACGGCUCAUUUUUUGUCAACAUAACGAAAGCAGCUUGUAGGCUGGCUUGAUAUUCCUGUAUGAAAGUAACAACACCAAAGCACUACAAGUGAGAAUGGCCAAGAGAACACUGCCUUGCUGUUCCUUUUCUGUAUGGACUAAACACAUCUACUGAAUCUUAACUCUUCUGAACACUACAUAAGCAAUGAGUGUUUCUUGAUACUCAGUAUUGCCAACUACUUGUUGAAAGAAUGUUAAUUUAGUUUACAAAGAAAGCAGGUGAGCUAUGGAGUUCACUCCUUGAUAGUGUACUACGCUUUACAUAUUUUUAAAAUCUUUUUUGUAUGUUGUGUUAGGUUCCUGCGUCCAAAUUUCUCAUGAUUUGCAAUCUCUAAAUGAAGCUGAUUGAAGUUUUUUAAAAGCACCUUGCCUGAAACCUAUUAGAAAUUAUGCAUUUAAUAUAUUGACAUAUUCAUAUUAUUUGGACAACUAUUUUGUUACCUCAACUCUGGGACCAUUCCAUUUUAUGUACUAUUCUUCUCAUCUCAAUGAAAGCAUUUGCCUUCCUCUUAAAUCUGCAUGUCUUAUUCACAGCUUUUUUUCCCCUCUGUACAAUAAGUCAAAAUACUAGAUGCACAAAUAUGUAAUCAGUUAUCCAGGUUGGCACAAGUAAAUUUACUGCACUUCAUAAUCAGACUGUGUGGGUUACUACAGUGGGCUUGCUUUGUUUUUUCAAAUAAACUUAU